AUAAAAAUAAAGUCUGAAGCUUUUACUGCAUAGAAGCUAUACCUAGGAUUAUCUUUGCUGCGAGUUUCAGCUCUUCAGCAGGUUUGAACAGUCAGCUAUAGUUAAAAUAUCAAAACUUCGAAUUUCCCUAGAUCGAUCGUAACUUGCAAAGGAAGCCGCAUGAAGAUGAACUCUUUUAGAAUUUCUGUUAGAUCCAUCAGUGAAAUAUCAGUCAAAUCAAGCUGGAUCACUUGGAAAUGUUUCCUCCUUAGUCAAAAGUUAGUCUACAAAUCUAGUGACUUGACGUAAAAAUCGUUUUUUAUUAGAUCUAAUGAGAUUAAUGGCUGGCCCAUAACAAACGGGUCAAAAUCUUUUCCUAUUUUUGAAGCACUUCGGAAUGCUCAAAAGAUCUGGUUCCAGUCUCAUACGAUAAAGACUUGAGUUCUCCACAGACCUGCUGUUUAAAUCUAUGAUGGCAUUUUCAGCAUCAGAGAUGAUUCAUCAAUGAUAAUUAUCCAUGAAAAAAUGGUUUAUGAGAAAAAAAUUCUGAUGUCUGCCUGUUAUUAGAAAAAUGCCAACAGGGGUGAAAACUGUUGGGCCGGCGUCCAUUGAAAAACAUGGGCCGGCAACCUAUCCGACCUUCCGAUUAACAUCAGGAUUGGUCUAAUAUCUGUUGUAUGUGAAUGAUGUAGUUGUGUGAAAUUCCUUGUGUGCAUUUGCGGAAAGAUGUGUGAGAACGAACUUCUUUUGAUUACCAACAAUAUUGACAUCGUAUGUCUAAUAGAGGAGCAUCGUUUGUUCAUCACUACUCGUGGUCCAUCACAGAUUACCAAUAUCACACCAUUUAGAACAGCACUUAGUUAGAAUCUACAGGGAAGGAUAUUUCUACAGAAAGCCUUUAUUGUGUCAUUCCUGACAACAAUACUAUUCAAACGCAUACUAACCGUCUUCUUUAAUUUAUAGUGUGAAACCUUUACUAUUAAUUUUACCAACAGCCAUUCUAAAGGCAAUUAUUGAAGCAAAUAAAAAUGUCGCUAAAGAAAAAGUAUGGAAUGAAGAAGAAUCUGUCGAAAAACUACUGACAGUUGUACAACAAUGUAAUAAAAAUGCACUCGACCAAAUUAUGUCUUAUCUUAUAACAGAAAAAUCUGUUGAUUCAACGACUAUACCAACCAAAAUCGGUGAUUCAAUAAGAAAAAAUAACAGCAUACGUUCGUCCUCAGGUCUAUUCAAGCCUCCAUCAUCGCUGAUCGAUCCGAGUGCAUCAUUUGCUAAACUAUACGAUCUUGAUCAACCACAUGAUUCUCUUCCAGAUUCAGUUUAUCGCAAACAGACGGUUGUUGAGAAGUUACGUCACUUGGGACUAAUCAAACAAUUUUUACCAAUGGCAUAUAUUGUGGAACGCGCACAUACUAUCGAAAACUUGAAUGAAAAUGAUUAUGAAAAAGCUGUUGAACGUAGCAAAUUGCUGCUGACAUGUAUAGCUCAAAUGCUACAAAAACCAAAGGCAAGUGAAGGUAUCGAAAACCUGUUACAUAUCAAGUUUAUACCAGUCAAACAAAAACCAGUAUUAUACAAAAUGGAAUGGUACGGAGCGAAUAAGAAUCGAUUUUGUGCACCUAUCGAUGGAAUAUACAGUGAUACUCAUGAAUAUGUUUGUGGCAGUGUUCAUUUCUUAUAUGAAAAUGAAUUAAUUAGUGGUAAAGUAUCUGAAAAACUUCAGUUAAAUAAUCAAAUACCCGUUGAAUCUCUAGCAAAACAAAUGCGUAUAUUAGAAACUGAGUGGUUAAAAAGAAAAAAUUCACUAUCAGCGAAUACUAAUCCUAUUACCGAAAUAAAUACUGUUGAUUUCAUUGAUCAGUUUACCGACAGAGUUGUCAGUAAUCUGUAUAAAAGGUUAGAAGAAAGAACAAUAGAUGAUAAUGUAUUACAGAAAGUUAGAGAAUUAAUGCCUCCAAAAUGGAUUUUUAUUGAUGGACAGUUUUAUAGUGUGGAUAAUGUUGCUAAAUGUGUUACACAUCCAUGUGCACCAUUCUAUGUUCAACUGCCACAAAUGUAUAAAUCGUAUAAAUUAUUCAAUAAAUUAGGAAUUAAAGAGUGCUUUACAAAUGAAUAUUUCAUUGUUUUCUUGAAAACACUCAAAGAAAGUUACAAUGAUCAGCCAUUAUCACAAACAGAUUUAGAAUGUGCAAUUAAAAUGACACUAGAAUUGUUUGCAGUUUUACACAGAAAAAAAGAAAGUUUCAAUAAAAGUCAAGAAGUUUAUUUACCGGAUACUAAUUGUAUAUUAAGAUCAAUCAAAGAUUUGUGCUUUAAAAUUGACAAUAUAAGUGAACAAAAUGUCAUUGAAGCAGAUAUGCUAACAUUACACAAAAGUAUACCAGUGAAUAUCGCACAAAUAUUAGGUGUAAGAAUGUUACAACAAAAACUAAUUGAAGAUUGUUCUAUUGGUAUUCCAUUUGGUCAACACGAAAAAUUAACAACAAGAAUACGGCAUUUACUUGAAUCAUAUCCACAAGAUAAAGAUAUUCUGAAAGAACUAUUGCAAAAUGCAGAUGACGCUGGUGCAACUACAGUCCAUUUUAUUUACGACCCACGUUACCAUUCAACAGAAAGAAUUUUUACACCAAAAGAGAAUGUGACAAAUAUAGGUGUAACUCAAAACUAUGCAGCAGUCCAAGGCCCGGCUUUGUUGUGUUACAAUGACAGUCAAUUUUCAGACGCUGAUUUCAAAGGCAUAGUAGACCUCGGUGAAGGCAGCAAAAACAAUAAUGUACACAAAAUUGGUCGAUAUGGUGUUGGAUUCAAUACCGUUUAUCAUGUAACAGAUGUUCCCACAUUUAUGUCAUCAGAUAAAUUUGUCAUCUUUGAUCCAUUACUAAAGUAUAUGCCAUGUGUUACUACAAACAAUCCAGGCCGUCAAUGUGACGCAAAACUUAUUGAGAGGUUUCCUGAUGUGUUCCAAACAUUUUUACCAGACAUCUUUGAUUUGAAAAAGGGAACUAUGUUCCGUCUACCAUUGCGGGCUAGUAUAUCCGAAAUAUCUGGAAAAGUCUAUAGUGAUCCAAGCAUAAUCAACCUUCUCGAUUCUUUAGUUGAUGAACUACCAAAAUGUGUGCUAUUUCUAAGGAACAUUCGUUCAGUUAAACUAUCUAAGCUCAAUAAAAAUGGUGAAAUUUGUAGUAUAGAAGAAGUUACUGUUUGUCCACAAGGUCCAGAUGACGAGGCUAGUAUUCACACCGUGUCUAAUAUAUUGUCCAAUAUCCAAAAUCGAUCAGCUUUGCUAGAAGGUAAUUGCCACUCAAUCCACACAUAUUCUGUUGAUAUAUCGUCGACAAAGUCUGGAAAACAAUCGUAUUUGAUUGCAAAUGGUAUAGGCUUCACAUCAGGCAUUCAGAAGUCAUUAUACAAAGAUUUUCUCGAGAAUUUCGACCAACUAAAGUGCCUUCCAGUUGGUGCAUGCGCUUAUUUACUAAAUGAUACAUCAGUUCCAUCAUCACCACAUUCGACUAAUUCAGAUGAUGAACAAAAGCGAAAAGAAUUAAACAAAGAGCAUUUCAUAUAUUGUUUUUUACCAUUACCAGUAUGUAUUGAUAUUCCUAUGCAUGUACAUGGUUAUUUUUGUUUAAGUAAUGAAAGUCGAUAUGAUUUGUGGAAAAGUGAUAUUGAAAAAGAUACCAAACGGUUAUGGAAUGAAGCACUUGCAGAAUAUUUAUUAAGUCAAUGUUAUGUUGAGGUUGUUUGUCUUACAGCUAAACAAGUGCAAAACCAGUCACUAUCGAUCGAACAUUAUUUGGCCUUGUUUGUGAAUGCGGGGACUAUCGAAAACAAUCUUAUUAAAUUACUAAUUGAGAAUGCAUAUGAAACAUUCUUCUCUCGUGCUCUAACCAUUAUUCCAACCCUCAAUAUUGCUUCCAAAGCUAGUUUCGCGUGGACUCAUGUAUCGAACCCCAAACUAUAUUUUAUAACUGCUUUCGAAUCAUAUGUUCGCAACUUAGUAACAGAUGAAGAUAAAUAUCCUGCGUAUAUUAACGACUGCCAUCAUUCAUUACUAUUGAUUGAUACGAAAAUUUGUCAAGAACGAAGACUCAUAGACCGAAUAAAACACGAUAAAAAAAGUAUGCGUGACUUAACUUCUGUCCACUUAUGCAAUGAACUACGUAUGUACAGCUCGCACAAUACAAAUGUAUCAUCAAUUGAUGAUACAGUUUUCACACACAAGUCAUUAUAUAUAUUUCUAUCAUUUGUAUUGCUUGAUGAGAAAGUAAGAAGGGGGCAGUUAAAUGGUUGCCCUCUAUUAUUGAGAGCUGACAACAAAGUAUCCUGUUUCGACAAGAAUAAUACUUUAUACGGAUUUCAGCAUGUGAGCACUUUUCAAACUUACCUUGAUCGAUUUAUGCAUCCAACAUUGUUAAAUCUUUUUAAAACUGAGGAACUUCAGAAAUGUUGGCUAAGAGAGCUAAAAAUUAAUGAUCUUGCUGAUAUGUUACCAAAAGUCUUGGACAAAGAUAAAUUUUGUAAGAACGGUCAUGAACUUUUUACGGAAUGUGAGGUGGACGUAGAUGUUAAAAUAAAAGAUAUACUGAAUAUAUGGUUAAUAUUAGAAAACAACUUAAGAUCAGUAUUACCAGUUAAAGGUAAUUCCGAAAGCGAUAGAAAUGAUGUAAAACGUGUCUUAUUAAAAGAACUUGAACCAAUUAAGUAUUGGUGUUUAAUACCGAUUCAGAGUCAUAACGGCGAAUCAUCUAAACACAAAAAAGUACAUUUUGCACCAUUUACAGUCGUGGACAUGAUAUUCUAUGAAGACUAUGGCAGCCGAGUGGAACUCUAUUAUUUAUCAAAAGCAAAAGUUCAAGUGUUGAAUACGACCUUUUUUUACUAUGAAGAUGAUCUGAAUCAGGAUGUAAUCAAUAUUUUGAAGUAUUUGGUACAGGACAUUGGUGAACCAACACAAGUGCUUGAUGUUUUAUCAGCAUUAUCUGAUCGUACGCCUGAUUUCUACAAAAAACUCGAUGAUGAGGCAUAUGGAAAUAUUCUUAUUUAUUGUAACUCCAUUCUUACGUCAUGUAGGGCCCACCAAAACCCUGAAUUUUAUGCACUGAAAAUCGAAAAACUUCCCAUAUUUAUGAAUAUUUAUGGACAUUAUGAAAGACUCUCGGACAAAAAGCGAAUAUAUGUAUCCUCCCAGAUGCCGUUGAACCAUCUUAAUGAAGUUAGUCGACGUCUCGAUAUGCAGUUUUUGAAACAUCGUGGUGAUGUUCAGUUCUCAAUACAAAAGUAUCUCAAGAUAAAAUUCAUGGACGUUUAUGCGUUAUAUGGUACCAUAUUGGACUGCUUAACCAGUGCUGAGUUGAUGGACCGUGUUGAACAUAUGAAGUAUUUACGAACUAAGUAUGAACCAUUUGAUUGUAAAGACAAUACACUUAAACUAAAACUACAAUCUUUCAAGUUUAUAAAGGACACUGAUGAAAAUAUUCGAUCUGCGUCAUAUUUCUACGAUCAUAAUAACGAAGUAUUUCAACUUGCUCUUCCCAGCUCACGUUUCCUUGUAGGAGAAUUUAGAAAAAAAGAAUGGCUACAAUUUUUGUCAUACAUCGGUUUACAAACUGAAGUCAAUCAAGCAAACGCAUUAUUCGUUAUGAAAGAACUAAGCAAGAAGAACAUGCUUGACGAAAAUGGUGUACAAGCAGCAUUCAGCAUUAUGAAAGGAACCCAACAAUAUUCAGAUCAGUUUUUCGAACAAGCAAGUCUUAUCGAAUUCAUCCCUAACGCUGUAAAUGAUGAAUUAAUGCAGAUCGUACAAGCAUCUCCACGUCUGAUAGCUACAAAAAAUGCAUGUACACAUAAAAAGGCAAGUUUAUGUUGGACUGAAGUUGGUAUUCUACCUGAAAAACUAGCGUCGUUAGAUGAGAAAAUUUUGAAACAAUGUAAAAUUUGUCAACAACCAGAAUUAGAAACAAUAAUACAAUGUAUAGAAAAAGUUUCUCAACGGUUUACAAAUGAUAAUGAUAUCUCAGAAGAGAAUUAUUUGAUUUUAUUAAAAUUAUGCCAAGAAUGGUGUCGCGCACUAGUUGAACUUGGGAAGGAAAAUAAAGAAAAACUACGAAAUACGAGAUUCAUACCAAUGAAAAGAAUAAAUGUAAAUAAUACGCUCAACGUUAGAUUAGUUGCACCGGAUGAUAUUUUUAUACGAACUACAGAAUGGCAUGAUACCAUAUGGCCAUAUUUCUUCGCUAUUGAUGUGAACGAUAAAGAUUAUAAACAAGGUAUUAUAGCAUUUUUACUUGCACUUCCUGUCGAAAAUAAACCUUCAUGCAGUCAUUGUAUCCGUGCAUUAAAGAAUUUAUACGAAAAAAGCCCACAGAAAAUUUUGGAUCCAAAUGAUCGUGUUACAGUUGUAAAAGCAAUUUUAUAUUAUAUGAGAUCAGAAAUGGAUGACGAUCGUCCAGAAUGCGAGAAAGCAAUAACAUAUCAAGAUGUUUAUUUGCCGAAUCUUUGUUUUAUUCUUACAUCAAGUCAACAACUGCACUAUAUUGAUCAACCAAAAUACAAAAACUUAAUCAGUAAAUCUGAACAAAUAAAACAGUUAUGUUUUUGUCACAUAUUAUUUGGUAAUUAUUUAGAAGAAACUGCAUCAUCGAAUAAUAAUGCACGAUUGGAAAAUAAAAUCCGACAGUUGGAAAGUGACUGCAAAGGAAACAGAAUUAAACGGUAUUUUCCACAUUUAACACCCAUAUCAGACAUAUUAGAUGAACGAGUUAAUGAAGAUUGUGUUACAGACGAUUCAAUAGAGGUAUCAUCAUUGGCUGAAACAAUUCAUACAAGUGAAUUUUAUCGCGCCAUCAGUCGUAUCGUACAACAUUUUUUCCCGUCAAAAUCAACGGAAGAAAAUAUAGGAAAAUUAAUCCAAUUUCUUCAUGAACUAGAAAUAUAUAUCACAAAAGAGCCAAUUAAGGCAUCAAUAUUUAAUAAAAAAACAAAUCAAAUGAUUGAUAAUAGCCAAAUUGAACUUUUAAAACAUUUGAAAAAGAUAUAUGAUGAUGGAUAUACGAGUUAUAUUUUAUAUAUUUAUGACAUUUCGAAAAAAAACGAUACUACACGUUUUUGCGAUGAAGUAACCGAAACAAUUCAACAACAAUGUUAUACUACUUUCUGCGAGAAUGUGACGAGCACAAAAGAAUCACAUAGAUUAUUUAAAGUUAUUCGUGAUAUAAUACGUGGUGAUGUACAAGACUAUGAAAAACUAUUAAAUGAUCAUAAUAUUCAAGAAGGCGAAGAAACUGUAUUUGAUAAUUUAACCUUUGUACCAAAAUUAGGUUCAUUAGUUGAAUUAGCAGAUUUACAAUAUCUUGUACCCGGAAUUCAGUCUUGUGCGCCACGAGAUUAUAUUGCUCGAGAAGUUCACACGAGUGACGAUGCAGAUGAAAUUGUUGAAGAUUUGGAUAACAUUAUGGAAAUAACCGAGUAUCCACCAGAAUAUCGUCAUGCACGAAUUACGAAGUUGAUUGAAGAUCAUGAAAAUGAUUUUGAAAAAAAAUAUGAAGUUGAAAUUGAACCACGAAAAUAUGAAAUAAUCAGUGCGGUUUAUUUGUAUCGAUUCAAUAAGCCAUCAUUGAAUGAAAUACCGAUGAGAAAUAAUGAUGAUAUUGUGAAUAAUAAACAGAUCAUGCUAACAAAUAUGCCAACAACAGAAGAAGAUGAAGCACACAGAUUUGCAUGUUCAGAAGCAUUAAAAGAACAAAUUGAUAAAGAUGUACAAAAGAUUAAGCCAUUAGCAGGAAAAGAACGACGAACAGCUAUUAGGCGCUUAAUGUUGGAAUAUCAUCCAGAUAAACACAUGAAGCAGAUACCAUUAUAUGUUGUUGCAUUUCAAUAUUUGCAGCAAUGUCUUGCUCGUUUAUUUAAUCUAGGCGAUGCAUCAACUGAUCAGACUCAGGGAAACGAUGAAAGAAAUUUUCAUUUCACAAAUUCUUCCCGUUCCGGAUAUACCUAUGAGGGUAGAAAGACGAAUUUUUCUUAUUAUUUUGGUUCAGCAACACAAUCUCACAGACGUGAACGAAGAAAGAAUCCGCAACCAUCUACUGCACUAAAAUGGUUACUGCAAGCCCGAUAUAACCUGAAAGAGCUACUUGAAUAUCGAAAACGUGAUAUUUAUUUAUGGUGCUGUAUUAAAUCCUACUAUGUGGCACUGGAUGUUAUUCAUUGUGUUAUGAUAGCUGAUGACUGGAAUAGUGUGCGACAAACUUCUACACUAUCUGGCUUAAAUGCUAAUUGUGAGAAUAACUCUGUAAAAACUCUGUCUGAUGCAAAUAGAGCUUGUCAACUGGCAGAAGAACUUUGCAAAAAAGCUGAGAAAGCAUUCAUACCUAAUCAACUAUCAACAGUUAUGCUAACUGAAGUGGCAUAUUUACCACCGCAGUCGACAAAAUUAAUCCAUAAAAUACAACAGCUAUGUGGAGUAAUAUUUACAACUGGUAAUACAUUAUAUUCUUGGAACUCAUUACAAACAGAAUUAUGCACAUUAAUUAUAUUUCAAUUAUUUGAUUAUUCUCGCUUAUCACCAUCAAUUAAUGUACAAAAAGAAUUUAAAAGAUAG